UUUGUGUCCCUGUGUAGAUGGAUGGUUUAGAUGACGACGAUAAAUUUUGUACGAUAACAGAUUACUCAAGACCACAAAUGGCGUCCUUUUAUGAAAAAAUAUGACAAGUAGACAACCAAAUGAACGUGGCCCAGGUGGAUCCCAACAUGAAGGAUCCUCCCCAUACAAGAGGUCGCGACCUCAGAGUCCAUCUGGGGCUCAAAUGCGACCUGGGCCAGCAUUUUAUCAAGACCCGAGAUAUGGAUUAGCAGCAGCAGCAGUGGCCGCCGGAGGUUAUGGCAGUAUUUACAGGGAUCCCUUUCAAGCUACACAACAAGUUGUAGAACAGCAUGCACGGGAUGUGAGAGAGCAGUACAAUCGUGAAAGACUACCAGUAGCUCAGCCCAGCAGUCAUGAGGAUUUAUUACAGUUACAGAAACGACGACCCACCCUGCUCGACUAUCACCAUGGAAAUCACCCGCAACAGGGUGUAGAUAGGGCUAGACAAUACAGACCAGAGCCUCCCUCAGCUUACGGGCAACAUUAUAGACAGGAAACCAUGGGAAACCUACAGGGAGGCUUGCCUGUGUCCUUGAGUAGUGCUGCUGCCCCUCAACCCUCAGGACCAUCCACUCCGAAGAGGCCACGCCUUGGACCCAUUGAUCGGCCAGAUUUAGCACAGCCUUUAAGCAUCGAUGUCAGUCAGACGGAACCUAAACGGGAGCCAGCGUACAACCCUCAGACGGAAGCUAUAUCUCCUACACUACCACCUGAGGACAACAAAGUUCAGAAAGUUAAAGAUGAGUUGUUUAGAAUAUCAGCAAGGAUAGACAGAGAGAUUGCUCUUGUAGAGCAGCCAGAUUCAGAUGAAGAAGAAAAGAAACAGCAACAAGAAGAAGCAGCAAGUAAGCACAAGGAGUUUGUAGAAUCGGAAGAAGUACCAGAAGCAAUAUCUGUAGACAUGAAACAUCAGAGUACUGCUCAGAUCAUAUAUGCUGAAAACAGAAAAAAAGCUGCGGAAGCCCAUAACAUUCUAUCAAAGAUGGGACCUAAAGUGGAUCUGCCCCUGUACAACCAACCCUCUGAUGCUCCUAUAUACCAUGAGAACAAACGAAAUUUUGCAUUAUUUAAGCCAAGACUGAUUCUACACUUCAAGAAAAGACACCAGGCUAGAAAGAUUAGGGAGAGAUAUCUUACACAAAGGUAUGAUCAGCUCAUGCAAGCCUGGGUGAAGAAAGUUGAAAAAUGGGAAAACAACCCAAAGAGAAAAGCAAAAGAUGCUAAAUUGAGAGAAUAUUUUGAGAAGAUUUUCCCGGAACUGAAGAAAGCCAGAGAUGACAAAGAAAGAUUGAGCAGAGGUGGUACCCGCACUGGCAUGCCAGUAUAUGCUAGGAGUGAAGCAGAGCUUGAACAGAUUAUGGAUGGUAUUCAUGAACAAGAGGAAGAAGAUAGGAAGAUGAGGAAUCUAGCUGUUAUACCUCCGAUGAUGUUAGACGCUCGACAACGUAGCCUCAAGUUUGUCAACAAGAAUGGACUGAUCACAGACUGUAUGGAGGAAUACAAGGAAAGGAAAUACAUCAAUGUGUGGACGGCACAGGAGAAACAAAUCUUUAAAGAGAAAUAUCUACAACACCCGAAAAACUUCGGACUUAUUGCAUCGUUCCUUGAGAAAAAGAACACCAUGGAUUGUGUGGAGUAUUACUACAGAUCAAAGAAGAGUGAAAACUACAAACAAAUGUUGAGAAAACAAACAGUAAAGAAGAAGAGACAGCAACAGAAAGCACAGCCACAAGCUGUGAUACCGAAGGAUGAAGGACUAGAAUCAAUGCCGUCAUCAUCUGACCUAGCGUCACAGUCUGGAACUUCAGCUGGAGAGGAAACUGUUAACAUUGUAACAACAUCGGCGAGCAGUGAGGCUCAGUCACGACCGGAAUCUACCGUAACAACGAGCGGCAAGGAUAAAGAUGAUGAUGAUAAAGAAAUCGAUGAUUCGUCAGAUGAUAACGACCCAGUUAAAGGUGCUGAUGGUGAAGGUGGGGUACAUCCAUGUGCUAUAUGUAAAACUCAACUGGAGCAUUUUGGGUUGAGUCGACCUCUAACCACAAAGAACUGUGAGUUAUAUGGUAUCAUACAGUCUGACCUGACCCCUGAAAUGAGAGUGUGCAGUAACUGUUGGUGUAAAUCUGUACGCAGGAGGUAUACACAAUGCCCUGUACCAUCAUGUAAAACUCCAAAAAGAAAAGUAAAGAGGUUGAGACCACUUCCAACAAAGUGGGCAGAAUUAGAGCCAGAAAUAAAAGAGCCAAUCAUGAAGGAACUACAGAUAACAGAUGAGACUAUGAAGUGCUGCUCGGCGUGCUUCAACAGGAUUGCGCGCAAGAUGGAAUCCAAACCACCAGUAUCGGAACCUUUACCAGCCUCCUCGGAGCCAACAUCAGAAUCUAAACCUGAAAAACCAGAGUCUCAGUCGGCAGAAUCACAAGAAUCUGGGGACUCUGUAAAAUGGACAGAUGCAGAAAUAGACUUAGCAAAGAAAGGAUUAAGGGAACACGGUAAAGACUGGGCUGCAAUUGCAGUAAUAGUCGGUACAAAAACUGAAUCUCAAUGCAGUUCCUUCUACAACAGUAACAAGAAAAAAUACAAUCUCGAAUCCAUAAAUGCGGAAAAAGAAAAGCCUAAACAAAAGAGUAUUGGUAAAGUGAAAGAUGAUGAUAAUCGUACGAUUUCAAUAUGUGAGAGCGUAGCGUCGACAGUGACAGCGCCCUCUGAUGGUGAACAGAUGCUGUCAGACAACGAGGAUAAUCGUGACACCGACGAUAGCGGGACUGCCAGUGCUCCUAGUCCUAGACCUCUCCAUCUUGAUGACCGAGAUAUGAGGAAAGAUCAAAAGGCUGAUUCUUCACGACCACCUGGUAGUGAACAGGGACAGGGACUUACAACGACAUUGGCCACACAGAAAUCAUUGAGCACGUCGGAGGGCAGUCUCCGGAGUAUACCGGACAACGACAGUACGGCCACAUUGAGUGCGGAUGAGGGCGGCACUCAAAAUGAGCGACAGGGUUUGGUGCCGGCACAACAGCAGACUUUGUAUCCUGGCAGUAUAUUGCCGUCAUCUCUGCCAACAUGUCAACCUGAUAUUGCAGCACAGAGAAACAUUGCCCAGGUCGGGGCUAUUGGACUAGGACUGGUACCCCGCACUGGCAUUAGUCCUUCACAGAGUCCAGGUGGUAACUCAAACCACAGUUUCCCAUCCAGGCCAGGCUCUAGAACGAGCCCAGCUGUUCAGUCCCAGAUCCCAGGAAAAGAAAGUCGACCAAGUUCAAGACCCUCAAGUAGCCAUGAGGUCCCUAUUAUAAGAGAAGCCAACCCAAAUCAAGGUGGUACAAACGUGCUGGAUUUCUCACAGGGUAUGGCCAUGAAGUCGUACCCGCCAUAUGCAACAGGUCGGGAUGCAGGGGGCCAGCCACGACGUCCAGCUAGUGCUAUGUCGGAGCCAGGAAUGUCAACUCAUAGGGCCAUAUCACCUCACAUUCCACCUGGUACCCAGCCUCAUAUGAUGAUAGGGUUGGAUCCAUCGCGUGUUGUUACACCGCCAACUGACAAGAAGCCCCAGAAACCAGCCACGUGUGUUCGAGAUCUGAUUUAUUCAGCCAUUGAAAUGAAUUUGAGCCGAGACACGGGCCUGGAGAGACCACAGGCGACACAAGACAGACCAAGGUCCACAGAUACCAGUGGCUUCAGGCAAGGACCUCAGCAAAUGGCCCCUGGAAUGCCUCAUGACCUUAGAGCAACUGACCUCAGAAAAGAUCCUCGAGGUCAAGGUUAUGAUCCUAGAAGCUCACCAUACCAAAUGCAAGGACGUGACCCGAGGGAUAUGCGUGGUGACCCGCGAGAUCUUAAAGGUCCCCAGUCCGGAGGCAUGGAUCUGUCCAUGAGGCAGCCUGAAGGUGUAGAUAAAACCACUCAUGGUUAUAAAGGGGAUCCUAGAGAUUUUGAACCCCUUGGUUCACACAGGGGUGGCGACCCUUACAGGGGUCAAGGUGAGGAUCCCCAGCAGAGAAAGGUGAUGGCCAUGGCAACCCCACCACCCGCUCAUUCUCACCGGAGAUCACCAUUUCCGAUGCAGGAAGCUAUAUCAUUGAAGACAAGAUCAGAGGGUAUUGAGAAAUCUCCCAGCAUGUACCAGGAUAGACAUUCACCUAAUGUCAGAGGUUUGCCACAAGCAUCUUCCCCAUACAGUCCUCAUGGGGGUCAGCAUGGGGGUAAGUCAAUACCUCCCCCACCACCCCUUAUCAACAGCACGAGUUCGAGACUGGCCAAGUCUCCCCCCUCUAGUCAUCUACCUACCCCACCAUCUGGCUCAAUCACCCACGGUACACCAGUAGGACCACAUACCUUACCUUCAACAUCUCCCUCGGGUUCAAUGAGACCCCAGCAGCCAAAUGUUGCACGUGGAUCUAUAACGCAAGGUACACCCAUGCGAGAAAUGGGACGAGGAAUGAUGCAUCCUGAUCAAGGAGCACCAAGAGGUCAAGGUCAGUAUGAUAUGCGUAUGAUGGAACAAAUGAGAGGCGGUCAGUUUGACUCGCGUAUGAUACCUGAACAGCUUCAGCGUAUGCACCACCAGUCAUAUCCCCAGCAAGCUCAGUAUCAAUACCAAGCCUCCCAAGCGCCUCCCCAGCAGCCCUCGGAUUAUAACUCCAAACAGACUCUCCUUGGAGACUUUAUCACUGCACGGCACCAAAUGAGACACCCGCCAUCACCGACGGACAAAGAUUUAAGGGAUCCCAGGGAUCAGAGUGUCAGUCCACGAGCACCGGAACAUCAGGCAGGGCCACCCCAGGGACAAAAGGGGUACCAAAUGGACCCAAGGAUGGCGUACCAUAUUCCUGUAUCUAGUUACAUGCAACCUGGUCAGCAACCUCCCUCAUCAUCUAGGGUAUCACCUCGACCCUCCUCGAGUAUGCCAUCCCCUCGGGAUGACAAGGCUGGCUCUCCUUGGCUGAUGGCCCAGAGACCAAGUCCAGGAAGUCACCCCAGUCCUCAUAUGGACCCAGGUCAUCAGUACCAGGGUCAGGGGCCACCAGGCAGACCAAGUAUCACUCAAGGAACGGGAAGGCUUUCUGUUAUCACAGAUUCUAGAAGUGAUGAAAGAUAUAGGAAUAUCCCUGAUAGUUCCGGGGCACACCACUCUCCUCGUGUCGGGCCAGGGGAAGGUUACCUACCUAUGCCCUCACAAUCCGGGGACCACCUUAGAAGGUCGCCAGCCAUAAAUCCCGACUACCCUCGUCAACAUUAUGAUCGGGAACGAGACAGACAAGAGAAAGAGAUGAAAGAUAGAGAACAACAGAUGGCUGUACGAGCUGUUCGAGAGCAGUAUCAACAAGGGGUUCAUCGUUACGAGGAACAAAGAAUGAAACAGGAGAUGAAGCAUGAGGAGGCGAAGAUGAACGAAAGAGCACGAGAGGAAUACAUGAGCAAGAUGCGAGUCGGUGAAGAUCCUAACAAACGGUCCCCGAAAUUAUCCCAGCCUACUGACAUUCUUAAAGCUUUUGCAACGGAUAAUCAGCAGGGUCAGAGAGCUGCCGGGAAACAGCCGAAUGAUGGGAAUGCAGCAGGUGGUAAAGGAAAUCGGAGCAUGACCGCGGCCUGUUUGAUUGAUGCUAUAAUUGUCCAUCAGAUUAAUCAAUCAACGGAGGAAACGCCAACUUCUACGACGUCAGUAAGCCAGGCAGGGAGUAAGCCCGGGCCAGUUAAACAAGAUGUUAAAACAUCCAUGCCAAACGUCCAAUCAAGCACGCCUGUAGGUCAGCUUUACAGGCAGACUCCGCAAUCUCAACAAUAUCCAGGUCAAGGUCAGCCUGCUCAAGGUCAUCUAGGUCAAAAUCAAGGACAUGUUGGUCAAGGUCAUAUGGGGCAGGCAGGUCAAGGCUAUCCACCACAAGGUCAGCCACCAGUAGCAGCUGGUCAACAACAGUAUAUGAGUCAACAAUAUCAAGGUCAAAAAGGUCAACAUGAGAGUAAAUCACCACCCGCUCAAAUGGCAGGUAAAAAGAGAUGGAUGCAUUCCCCAGUGCCAACACAAGAAGCUGUGCCAUCACAAGGUCCUUCGGGACAAAGUUACUCUCCGGGGGCCUCCACAAAGUCAGACCCCGACAGCAGACCUGAAUCAAGACCAUCAAGCAGAGGUUCAAACAGUGGUCCAGCUAGACCACCACAGGAUUCAGCAUUACGUCAGGCAGUGUUGGGAUCUGCUGACCGACAGAUGACAUUAGGUGACCAUAUCAAUGAUAUUAUACACAAGGACUACGAGAAAAAUAACUCAUCAACUCCUCUGAUGGUUGGAGGGAAGUCCUUCCUUAGUCAGAUUAAUGGGUCCAUACAAGCUGAUGGUUCAGGAGGGAGUAAAGUUGUGACCACGUCUCGAACAAAUACUGUGUCAAGUACGUCUGUCACGAUGGAGAGUACAACUACAUGGACUACGGCACCGUUGUCUACCACCCAGUCGGACGGACAGAAGACACAGGCUCAAGCUUACUCUGGUCCUAAAAAGUUUGGAAAGUGGCGACAGACUAACGAGCAAGCCAGCAGCACAGGUCAACAAAUGGAAACUGGAGGAGCUGUUUCCCAGUCUAGCAAUGACGAGCCGGGUUCCAGACAGCAAGAAGUUGAUUGGACAAGACAGAUGAGACCUGACCAAUCACAUUCUCCCAAUGUCACAGGGGGUCAGCCUACUUCGCCACCAGGUCAGGCUGACAGUAGCAGCUGCCCAGGCGAGGUAAAAUCUAGGAAAGUUAUGGGUAUACAGGACUCUGAGGUCUCACCUCUAGAGUACGUACAGAGUAAGAUAGCUCAAUGCCGUCAUGAUGACUCUAGCGAUGGUAAACUCGGACAAAGUAGCCAGCAAUCUACUACAGACAUGCACCAGGCAAUGUCCAGCAGAGGUCCCCAUUCACAGAUGAUGCCACAGCCGACCCACUCAUCUGCCAAGUCUCGCACACAAUCCCCGGUCUCGUCACAGAUGACGAUGGGAAAAGAGAACUCACACAAGCAUGGUCGACCGGAGGGACGUCAGGGAGGUCCGGUUGUCAGCACGUCAAUGGAGAUACACAGUGGUAUACCAAGACAACAGGAUAUAUCUCCUUCUAGCUCCUCCCAGCCGUCACCAGACCAACAUUCACAGGAUGAAGAUCCAUUAAGGGGAGGUAACUACCAAAAGUCUGGUUCCCAGGCCCAGUCUCCCGUGUCGUCUGCUGGAGAUAAUAGGGACCAGGUACAUUCCUCCCAGCAUCCUCACAGGAAAGGACGAAUGUUUACAAGACCCAGAUCACGCAUGGAGCAGGAAGAGCCAGAGAGGAAGCCUGGAACAGCGCCACCUAGGGAGGGAAUGAAGCCUUCUUCUCAGAGAUCUUCGCCGUCUGCUUCUGUACAGGAUGGCGGGAGAGUUAUGUUACCCUAUGAUAAGAAAGGACCUAAGUCUGAAUAUGAUUUUCCAGAUAGUCCUGAUGAUGAAGGAAGAGGAAAACCUACAUUGAGCAGUUACAUGUCUUUAUCUAGCAGUACAAGAAGUCCCAGGCGGGGUAUUGUUGAUAGUUCCGAAAACAGAAUGCAGUCUGGAGAUAACAGUAGAGAUGGAGAAGGAAAUGUCGAAAGUUCCGAGGAUGUGUCUGGUUUAGAUUCCAAGGUCAGUGAUAGUGGGUCAGGGAAGGAUAAUGAGGCUCAAGGUUUCGAAAGGUUUGGAACAGAAGGAGUUGCUGAUAGUUCUAAGUUACAAGAUCAUGGAAGAAAAGGGGACGAAGGUCAAGUGAGUAGCCGUGCAGGUUCUGGAUCUUCGGUAAGAAAACAAUCUCUUGAAGCAGACGAUGGGUCAAACAUUUCUCACACAAGUGCUGACAGCACAGAUAGGUUAAUGGUGGAUGAGUCGGCUAAUAUUGACAGUUCUGCGACAGGUGAAGUGUCGUCUGCAGGCGGCAGCAGACGCAGCUCUAAAUCUUCUCGAGAGAGUGACAACAGUCCUCAUCCGUCAACAGAUUUCUCCGGCUCAGUCGAACAUUCUAGCCAUGGGCGUCAAGGUCAUAGGUCGCGAAGCCCAAGGUCGUAUCCACAAUCAAGUUCAGAUUUAGGAUCGAGCGCACCAGCUGGGUCUAGUGUGCAAUACUCAAGGCGGGGAGCAGAAGGGGACUCCGGGUCUGAGGCGAGGGAGCAAGAGCCCCAACCUUUAUUAUCAUCACAGUACGAGACAUUGUCAGAUGAUGAACAAUCAUGAUCUCUUUAUACAAACAUUCGUUAUCAUACAAUUGGCUUAUGAAACUUCCAUACAAAGGGAAGAACAUCACUGUAGAAUCAUUGUGAACAAUUUUGUUUUGUACUUUUAGUUGUGUCUUUGUAAAUAUUCAUUGUCAUUUAUAUAAUUUACUGAAUGUUUUCCUUAAAAAAAAUAUCACUGUGGACCGUGGAGGCAGUUAACUGGCACAAGUUUUAAUUUGUUCAUUUACUUAAUGCACUUUGUAAAUUUUUACACCACUUUUCCAUGGAGGUGAAAAAGGGAAAAUGGACAUAUUGCUUCAAUUGUAUGUGAGAAACCCAGAAGGGAAAAUUUGCAGGAAAACUUACAAGUCAGAAGUGCUUUUGAAUAAAAACGGUUAUCGAAAACUGUAUAGAAAUUUGAUAAAAGCUGUACAACUGGUUCUUGUGAUUGAGAAAGUCUUGGUUAUAGUGAUAUAGAUACAUUAUAUGAUUUUAUUCACAUAAUUCUGUCAGAAAAUGAAGAGUGUGUUGUUGACAAAGCCUUUUUUUAUAUAAUGGAUUUACCCCUUUCUUUGGAUGUAGAACAGUCCAUAAUGAGUUUUGGGUAUUUCAGUAUGAAAAUACAAAAGUUGAGCAGUAAGCA